AUGGGCAGCAUCUCCAGUCUGUCUCUGCAGAUCAGGGAUGGGUCUCAGGCCCAGUCGUUUGCAGAGCGUUUGCGUCUUGGUAUUGCAGUGAUCCAUGGAGAGGCCCAGGAUGCAGAGUCAGACCUGGUGGAUGGAAGACACUCCCCUCCUACUGUCAAGAUACCACUGUUGAUCCCUAAAGAGAAGCCUCCCAUCACAGUGGUAGGAGACGUAGGAGGACGCAUCGCCAUCAUAGUGGAUGACAUCAUCGAUGACGUGGACAGUUUCGUGGCGGCCGCGCAGACGUUGAAGAAGCACGGAGCGUACAAGAUAUUCGUCAUGGCGACGCACGGCAUCCUCUCCUCCGAUGCACCGAAACUCAUAGAGGAAUCUGCCAUCGACAAGGUGGUGGUAACCAACACUAUUCCUCAUGAGCAUCAGAAGCUGCAGUGUGUUAAGAUCCAGACGGUGGACAUCAGCCUGAUCCUCUCUGAAGCCAUCAGACGAAUCUACAACGGAGAGAGCAUGUCCUACCUGUUCAGACACAUCGGACUGGAGGACUGAACACACACACACACACACACACACACACACACACACACACACACACACACACACACACACCCACAAUAAUAACAUAAUGUUACAAUAAUAAUGUUACAAGCUUUUGAAUUUAUUGUUUUUUCUGCUCUGAAUUCAAAAUAAAAGUAUCAGAAAUGGAAA